GAAAAAGUAAGUUUUUUAGUGUUUAGAAAUACAUAAUAAGUAUCUAUCUAUCUAUAUAUCUAUUUAUCUUUUGAUUAGUUAUUAAUCAAUCAAUUUAUUAAUUAUAAAUCAUAUUCAAUCUUCCACAUUAUUUAAUUAAUUUCAAAGCCAACUAUUUAUUUGAUAAUAGGGAUAAAUAAAUAGGUAGUAAAGCUUUGUGUUAGUCUCAGCUCAUAAAAACUAGAAAAUACAAUAGCAGAGAUGAGCAAAAUAGUCGUAGUUCCAUAAAUGAGAACAAAUAGAAAAAAGAUUAUUAGCAAUGGCACAAAAAACCUAUAGUUAAAUGAGGAUAUGAUAGGUUUAUACGAUAUUUCUACACACUUUAAUUCAAAUAAUUUAUCAACUAAAACUGGCAUAAGGUCUUAGGGUUCAAGUGAAGAAAUGGAUUCAUGGCUUGAGUAGAAUAUUCAUGGCAAUAAAGCUGUUGUUAGGUAGUAGAGGAUAUAGAGUGUAAAUUAGCAAAAUUAACAGCAAUAUUAAGUCGCUACUUAGUUUAAAAAACACUUAAACAAUAAUAACAAUAAUAUGGAUUACUAUUCAAAUGCAAGAGGUUCUUAGUCAACAAAAAACUCUUCUUUUAGUUUUAUAUUUGAUGAUUAAUCUUGUUUCAGUAAUUCUAAAGCAGAAACUUCACGACAGAUGCUUUCUACCGAAUACAAGCAAAAGGAAUAAAAUGGGUAAAAUGGAAGCGAUGCCAAAUUAACUAAAUACGAAAAUGAAUUUUUAGAUAUUAAUAGCAAUAAUAACACUUAUUUAAGAUCAAGGGUUACUUCUAAAGAGUACUCUUUUCCAAUAAUAUUAGCAAAAGAAAAACUAGAGGAGGGAUCAAAAAAUUAACCAUAUAAUAAAUCUAAGCAAUUUUAUGAUUAAACUAGCAGUUAGCCUUUAAAUCAAGCUAACAUUUAGAGGGAUGAAGUUGUUUAUUAAAGUUAACCUUAAAUACAUUAAUUGAUAGAUAAAUAACAGUAAAAUCCACAGACUCAAAACGGCAAGUAAAGAGCUAAUAUAUCAAGCUAUCAAAAUAAACGGAUUGAUUAUUUAGAGCAUAAUUAAAUAGAAACAAAUAAUAAUAAUAAUUAAUCCCCAAAGAUAGAGCCUUAGUCUAGCUAAAAAGUAGUUGUUGAGCCAAAUAAAAACAACAGAAUCAGAUCUUAGAUAUAUUAAAAAAAAAGAUAAUAAUUUGAAAAUAUAUUUAUUAACGAAAUGCAAACUCAAAAAAAGGAAUUUUAAAAUACGAAUAACUUUAGUAUUAUUGAUAGAGAAGCAUAUAUAGAUGGUGAGCAAGUUAAAAGUAAUAACACAUCCCCAAAAAGUACUUAAAAUAAAGUAUAAAAUACUCAGCAAGCUUUUCUAAAACCAACAAGAGCUGAAGUUACAAACAACAAUUUAUAAAAAAAGCAAACUCCAACAAAUAUAAUCAAUAGUAAUAAGAUUAGCUAACCCUAUAUUUCAAACCUACCAGAAUAGCAAACAAAAUCCAAAGAUAAUUAGAAUGCUGAAAUUUCAUUGAGUAGCACAAAUACUAACUAAGAAAGAUUUUAAUUUGAAUAGGAAAACUUUGAAGAAAUGCAUUUCUUUUAAGUUGAAUUUUUACAAAAAUGCAAAUCUUGGAUGAAGUAGCUAGAAAACAAAUUUUGA